UCUGUAUUUGGAGACAGUGAGGUGGAUGUGGAGGGAUUAGUGCUGGAUGUGGGCAGGUUUCUGGCCUGAUUAAAUACACUUUAGCGGAUUAAUCGAAAGACAGAUCGUAAAUUAUCUCUGCACAACAGAAGCCUCCUGCAACCCAACCUGCAGCUGUGGAAACUCGUCCUCACCCCCUCGGAUCUGAGAGGGAGAGAGACAAGCGAGAAAACCGACAGUGUCGCUGCAUCUUCAGUGCCCUGGACACGAACGUAACGAUUUCAGUUCCUGAUCAUCACUGAUUAUAGUAAUUUAAUCAUUCUUCUGUCUGUUCCGAGUUCAGGACGACAUCAGUGAUAUCCUGGUGUUUAGUUGUAAUGAUGAAGAAGGACACAAGCUCCUGACACACCUAAGUCUUGAUUGAGAUCGGAUCUCUUCAUCGGGGGUGUUAAAACGGCGACCUUUAAGACGGAUCUUCAUCUUCGAGAAGAAGGCGAAGUCCACAGGAGCCAAAUCUGGCAGUAGUGCAGAAGUGAGAUCAUGUGGAUUGUUCUCCGAUUAUCAUCAUGCACAAGUUGCCGAACGGUUUUCGACUUUUGAGCACGUUGAAGGUCUCCCUGAUCUCUUGUCGUCUUCCGGAGAUCUUCCGCUCUUGAAGCGCGCCUGCCGCUCGGAAAGCCUCGAACGACUCGUUCCCGCAUUGCUGUAUGUCAAAUGUACGUCACAUCAAACGUCUCUGUGGCAGAUUUUCCCGGUUUCACGCACAAUUUCACGCUUGCUCUUUGUUGUGAAAUCACAGACGUGGUCCCAAUAGCACCAGUUACACCAUUAGUCUCAAAACCUUUUAAAACCGUCACGUAUAUAAACAUGAGCUAAACUGUUUCUGACUGUUUUGGAGUAAAAUGACAAGUUAGAUUCAAAAACAUCAAAACAAUAGUGUGAUAGGUGAUAGGUAGAGUUAUCGUAGGACACAUGAUCCGAUCUUGAGCUCGGGUUACAAUCGGACGUGAAUAAAGCAUCUCCUGAUGAUCAAUGAAUGAUGAAUGAUCAUUUAAACAAAGUGCUUGAACUUUGGAUUAGUGGAUCAGAUGUCUUUGAAAAAAGAUCAGUCUGAUCCUGUAAUAAUUGGAUUUUAUUUAAAACUGUAAAUGUUCAAGCCCUUGUUUGUUUUUUGUUCAAACUCACUGUAGAACAUACAAAAGUCAUUAUUCAUUCUUCAUUAGCUUGAUGUCUACAGAACCUUAAAAUUGACCGACUUCAUUAGCCUCGUGUGCGGAAUAUGUACGUAACCUUUGACCCCUGCGUCCUCUCCCAGCAUUUGAUUGAAUUAGCCUCAGAGGCCACGCCGGGGCCUUUUGAUAUCUUCUUUUUUUUGUCAGACAGGAAGCAGAAGGAGGUGUAGUUAACAUCGCACAACAAAAGGUAGUGACAUGAACAGAGAAAGAGCCUCCGGCUUUCAGCACGAGCCCACAAAGGGUCCCGAAUCCUGCGUCUUUCCUGCGUUUGUUUUUCCUCUGACGAGCUGCAUGCGGUCUGCGCAAAACACCGUCGGCCUCCCGAACAAAAAUUCCAGAGAAGUCGGCACUCGUCGCACGAGUUCCUGAGGCAUGUGACAUGUGACACCUGGUAAAGGAGGGUUUCGCUCAGGUCACACCCUCUCGCAGGUAAACACGAGCCGGAUGAGUCGAGGCUUGCUGAGGAGCGUGAAAACACCUGAAGCCGUUUCCCUGCUCGCAAACACUAAAGAGCAGAGGGAAGGAUCGAGCCUCAUGAGAGCCUCCACAGAGCAGGAGCCUUGGUCUAAAUGGGUCCGGUCAUGCCUCCCAGCAAGAAGCCGGAAGCUUCCGGGGUGAGCGUGGCGAGCGGCUUGAGCCAGCUGUACCAGGUGGGCUCGAUCACUCGGGCGCUGUGCGAAGACGACGAUCUGGAGCUGGCACUGCCUGUGCCGGCCAUCAAGCUGGAGAAGUCGGGCGCAGAGGACGAAGAGCUGACCAAUCUCAACUGGCUGCACGAGAGCAAGAACCUGCUGACGAGCUUCGGCGACCCGGUGCUGAGGAGCGUGAGCCCCGUGCAGGAGCCUGACGACGACCCACCUCCUUCCCCGGCCACCUCGGACCUGGCCUAUGAUGCCAAGCACAACCCCAACUGCAAACCGCCAUAUUCUUUCAGCUGCCUCAUCUUCAUGGCCAUCGAGGACGCGCCCUCCAAGAGGCUGCCCGUCAAAGACAUUUACAACUGGAUCCUCGAGCACUUCCCCUAUUUCGCCAACGCCCCGACCGGGUGGAAGAACUCCGUCAGGCACAACCUCUCGCUCAAUAAAUGUUUUAAGAAAGUGGACAAAGACAGGAGUCAGAGUAUCGGGAAGGGUUCCCUGUGGUGCAUAGACCCGGAAUACAGACACAAUCUCAUCCAGGCGCUGAAGAAGACGCCUUAUCAUCCCUACUCCCAAGUGUUCACCACGCCUCCCACCUCUCCUCAGGCAUAUCAAAGCCUGUCCAGUCCUCCAAUUUGGCCUGGGAAUCACUUCUACCGAAAAAAUAAAGGAGUCCUCCUACCAGUCCCUCAGGGAGUGAUCCGGAACGGAGCUUGUAUGAUGAACCCGGGGCUCUUCCCAGGAAUUCGACCUCUUCCUAUCAAUGCAAUUGGGAGCAGAGCAGCAGCCGUCAGGUCAGUCCUGGCCGGCUGCAGGAUUCGCAGCGAAAGCGAGCCGUCCUGCGACUCUCCUCUGGUCAGCAGCGACCCCAAGGAGGACCAUAACUACAGCUUCGGCAAAUCUUCCAACUCGACAACCGGAGAGAAAACGCAGCUCGACUGCGGCGCAUCCGAGUUCCACGGUCACGACGCCACCAGCGACACGGACGACGACGACAGGGCCAAGAUCAAAAAGGAGCCCAAAGAGUGGGCCGUGGACGCUCUGGCCCUGGCGCAGCACAACAAGUGGCACCAUUUGACAAAAGUCAAACAGAGAGUGGCCAGUGACAUGCUGCCGUUAAAAAAGAGGCGCACAGAGAAGCCUCCGGAAAGUGAUGACGAGGAGAUGAAGGAGGCGGCGGGUUCUCUGCUCCACCUGGCCGGCGUCAGAGCCUGUUUGAACAAUAUCACCAACCGGACGGCCAAAGGCCAGAAAGAGCAAAAAGAGUCGAUGAAAAAUAAUUAAACUGUGUUAUGAGGAAGAGAGAAGAAGAAAAAAAAAAAGAAAAACAUCACUUUUAAUAGAAUUUACUAUUUUUUUCCAGGACAUCAGGUGAAUUCUACUGAUUUGUGGCAAUAUCAACAAUUAACUUUGUUUUCUUAUCUUUAUAGGUGAAGUUAUCGAGGGUUCUUUAUUUUUUAUUGGUUUUAUUUCUUUUUUUUUUUUAAAGGAGAUUAAAGCCAUAGCAAAAAAAAAAUAAUAAUCAGCUGAUUUACUAAUGGGUUUUAUUUGGCUGAUAUUAACAUUAAAAAAGAAGAAAAAUUCCACACGCAUUUAUAUGAUAUGAAACCGCGCUGUCCCGUUGAGUCCCGUAGGCAGCUACAUGCCACCGGGCAGCAGGAAGGGUGUGUGUGUGUGUGUGUGUGUGUGUGUGUGUGUGUGUGUGUAUGUGUGUGUGUAGGAGUAUACGAUUAUAUAAUUCUAGUGCACUCGGAGUAGUGUACACUUCUCUUAGUGGUGUAAUGUGAGUACACUUGCUGCCCUGAGCACUAAUCCGAUCUCCAGCAUGGCUGCGUGGUCCUGGUGUAAUUGUAGCUGCUGAAAGUCAGAUGUUCCCGAGUCCAACGUUAAUCUGUGAAAUCAAUCCCAAGCCAUAAGCCUUUGUGCUUUUUGGAGGCAAAUAUACAUUAGAUGUAGAAAAAAACUAUAUAAAUAUAAAUAUAUAUAUAUCUAUAAGUAAUUGUUGUCACUGCCCACGUUCUUCCCGUAAGCAAUCCAAAUGAAGUAAAGUGACAUAGUGAUAUCCGCCUUUGCAGAACAAUACACGAAUAUUCCCUGACAGAAACGACGCUACCAAACCUGCCAAUUGUAAUUUAGUGAUAAAACAUAAAAGACUGUGGAAAAAAAACGUUUGUGGGAUUUUUUUCUCUUUUUUUUUUCAAUUUUUGGUUUCAUUUUUACUCCUGUUUGUUGAUUUGUUUUGUAUAAAUUCUUUCUUAUAUUUUAAUUUUCUAAUCCUCAUAAUGUAAGAAGCAAUUUCAUCCAGUCAGGAUAACACUGUAUAAAAAUGUUACACUAGACCUUUUUUUUUGUUUGUUUGUUUGUUUGUUUGUUUGUUUGAUUGUUUGUUUGUUUGUUUGUAUGUUUUUAUUUCCUUUCCUAAUUUAAGCAAUGUAGCCAGCAGGAUUUUUUUUUUCUCCGAAAAUCGUGUUGCAUGGGUUCCUUGUAAAGAAGACGAAGAUCUUUUUUUUUUAUUAUAAUUUUUUUUUUUAUUCAAAAAGUUGUAAGGUCAAUAAUGUAUUUAGCAUGAAGCAUGAAUUAUUUUCAUAUAAAUAUAGAUCCUAGAGAA